AUGUCGAGCCGUCGUUCGCUACUCGGUUCCACGCUGGAUUCACUUCCCGCGCCCACGGAUCCUUUGCGUGAACUUUUUGAAGCCUGUAAAACUGGCGAUGCAGCGAGAGUCAAAAAACUAAUUACACCACAAACAGUGAAUGCUAGAGACACUGCGGGCAGAAAAUCAACUCCUCUACACUUCGCAGCAGGAUAUGGUCGCAGAGAAGUCGUAGAGAUCCUAAUAUCCUCCGGAGCUGCCCUCCAGGCCCGUGACGACGGUGGUCUCCAGCCGUUACAUAACGCGUGUUCGUUUGGGCACGCGGAUGUGGUCAGAGCGUUGCUGGGAGCUGGGGCUGCGCCAUCGCCACGUGAUAACUGGGGGUACACUCCGCUGCAUGAGGCCGCUGCCAAGGGGAAGGUUGACGUUUGUAUUGCUCUGCUGCAGCAUGGCGCUGAUCCAAAUAUACGCAACACAGAAAGCAAGACACCCCUCGACCUCGCAGACACCGCCACGCGUCCCGUUCUCACAGGCGAGUACUGCGCAGCUGACGUCCUAGAAGCAGCCCGUUCUGGUGCCGAUGACCGCUUAGCAUCUCUCCUUACUCCGCUUAACGUGAACGUGCAUGCGCACGACGGCCGCCGUUCUACGCCACUGCAUUUGGCCGCAGGGUACAAUAGGGCUAGAGCGGUGAGGUUGUUGCUACAGAGGGGUGCUGAUGUCCAUGCUAAAGACAAAGG